AAAAUUUCGCCUCCGCAAUCCCCCCUCGCAACUCAAACAACAGUCAUGGUGAAAAAUUCGAAAAAAGCCUCUCCUCCAGCACCACUCCUGGUCGCGCUUGUCCGACAAUUCCUCAAAGACUCGGGGUUUAAGUCGACGUUGAAAAUUUUCGAGGUGGAGAGUGUAUCCAGUGGAACAAAGCUGGGGGAAUUGAAGAAUGGGACAUCAGACCUAAAGGCUAUUUUUGAGGAAUGGGCUGCAAAAGGAAGGAGGGAGGCGGAGGAGAAGAGCAGCGAGAGCGACAGCUUGUUUGAGGCCGAUGAUGAGCAGAGUUCUAGUGAUGGGUCAUCGGACGAUAGUGAUGAUGAUGAUGAGAACGAGAACGAUAAGGACAAGAGGAGGAAGAAGAAGGGCGAAGAGGAAGAAUCUUCGUCGUCGGAUACUGUUGUCGGUGAUAAGGAGAAGAGCAGUGACAGCGGGAAUGGUGGGGAUGGCUGUAAUGGCGAAAAGAAAAAAGCUAAAAAGAAAGCUCCGUCCUCUAGCCACUCCGACUCCGACUCCGGGAGAUCUGACUCUGGGGAGAGUAGUUUAAGCUCAUCAAGUUCUUCCAGCAACGAUUCUGAAGAAGUGGGAGGGGGCAAAGAUUCUAAGGGCUCCAUUGACUCUUCAGACUCAAUUAGCUCCUCCUCGUCAUCAUCCUCAUCCUCUUCUUCGAGUAGCGAGUCUGAAAAGGACAAGAAUUCAAAGAUGUCAAAGGUGUCAAAGAAGUCAAAGAAGUCAAAGAAGUCAAAGAAGUCAAAGAAGAGCUCUUCCUCUUCCUCGUCCUCUUCAUCCCCCUCGCCCUCUUCAAGCGAUGAUUUGAAGAAGGCUAAGAAAGCCGGAAAGACCAAGACCAAAAAUGCUAAAGACUCAUCUAGCUCAGAUUCCGAUUCAGCUCCGUCCUCCUCUAGUUCAUCUUCAUCUUCGUCCUCCUCUAGUUCAUCUUCAUCUUCGUCCUCAUCCUCAUCCUCAUCCUCUUCAUCCUCCUCAUCCUCUUCAUCUUCGUCCUCAAGUUCAAGUUCAAGUUCUGACUCCGAUAAAGAAAAGAAGAGAAAGAAGAAGAAGGGCAAGAGCACUGGUAAAAAGGUCCCAAAGGGGACAGACAAAAAAGGGCCUGCGAAUUCCUCAACCAAAAAGCGGAAACGAGAAGACGGCGUGCCAAAAAGGGAUGCUAAGAGGAGCAAACAAGAAGGCUCUGGGCACUUUCCCGGCUCUAACACUAUUUCCACGUCCUCAUCUGACGACGGCCAGAAAAAGAAAAAGGAAUUUAUCCCUAAUAAGCCCUUCUCCCGCAUCGAGUAUGACAAAAUUCAUUAUGCGGAUGAGCGUGUCAAGGAUAAUACUUUUGAAGCUCUCCAACUCCCAGAGAAUCACUAUACCGUGAGGGCACAUCAAGAUCUCAUUGUUACCAAGGGGAAGGGUUUCACAAAAGAGAAAAAUAAGAAGAAGAGAGGAUCCUAUAGAGGUGGAGCAAUCGACUUUUCGACAAAUUCUUUCAAAUUCAACGAUUAGAGUGGGAUAUAGUGUUUACCCAAAUCAAGGGGACGGGUUUGGUAUGUGUGUUUGUGAGGUGGUGCACGGAUGAUACCAUACCUGUAUUGACCUCUUAUCCGCCCGCUAAACAAUCACACAUCCCUUCAAUUACUGAGCUUUAUUCGCAAGCCCGCCUUCCUCUGCAGUGAUUGCUUCAAUUUUUUCCGUAGAUAGAAGCCUCCGCGAAUUAAUCCCAGAAAUGUAGAACCUAGCAGGGUGUGCAUGAGCAUAAGGAGAAGGGGGUACCUAGUUGUGCUUGUUGUUAGUUGGUUAAGGGUCCGUCCACUAGUCCUCUUAAGGAGUA